AUGUCUACUACCUUUUCCACUUCCUCUCUAGUCUUCCAACAUUUUCUUGGUGAUUUUCACUCAAGAAAAUUGUUACUACAAACCCCUCUUUCCCCGCCACCAUCCAUAGCAACUCCACCCUCUAGUCGUAUCCAAGAUCCAUUGAAUCCUAAUGCCAAUAGCGAUAAGAACUUCGAUAUAAACGUCGUUUUGGUCCUUGUAGUCCUUAUAUGCGCACUCCUUAGUUCACUUGGACUAAAUUCUUUCAUAAGGUGUGCAUUAAGGUGCUCAUAUUUGAAUGCAAAUCCUUCCAAUAGAGGGAUCAAGAAAAAAGCCUUGAAAACUUUCCCUGUAGUGAAUUACUCACCAGAGAGCAGUAAAUUGCCAGGGUUGGACGCAGAAUGUGUCAUAUGCAUAUCAGAGUUUGUACUUGGUGAUCGAGUUCGAAUUUUGCCGAAGUGUAGCCAUGGAUUUCAUGCGAGGUGCAUUGAUAAGUGGCUUAGCUCACACUCGUCUUGCCCUACAUGCAGACAGUGCCUUAUGGAGACAUGCCAGAAGAUUGCUGGUGUAAGUCAGGCUAGCUCGUCAGACCAACCACCGCCUCUAGUGCAAGAAACAGUCGUGAACAUUGCACCCCUCGAGCGUGAAGCUUUAGUCUGCAAUUACAGGGAAGUUAGCUAA